AUGGAUGACGAAGAUCCCCUCGCUGGCUUUGCCGUCGCCGAUGUAUCCUCCGAUGAAGGCGAAGGGGUAGAAGCCGCAAAGUCCCGCCGCACAGGGCAGUCAGAGGAGGCCUGGCAGGCCAUCCGGAAGGAAUAUAGUGCUAAGGUUGAGAAUGGCGAUAUUUACAAGAAGAUCAAGCUACCACUUGGGCCUGGUGCUUCCAAGAUGGAUAUCCAAGAAGCGAUACAUGCGGUUGAAGAGCAUUACUUCUUUCGUCGUUACAAUGAAGCCGAGCACCUGGCAUCCGACAUUCUAGUUGCCAGUGAUGGACUCGACCCAGAUUCAAGACAAUUAUUGGAAACAUACCAGGCGAAAUGUCAAAAGAAAAAUCAACACGCUUAA